AUGUUCGGCCUCCUCGGCCUGGCCUCGGCCGCGUCCUGGCCCAAUGGCCCCUUCACUACAUCUGGCGCUUCCAUUCUCGACGCCUCCGGUAAUACUGUCAAGUAUGCCGGCGCGAACUGGCCCGGAGCUGCGGACGUCAUGAUCCCAGAGGGCUUGCAAUACCAGUCUGUUGCCAGCAUUGUUGCGAAGCUUAAGGAGGCUGGCAUGAACGUCAUCCGCCUGACGUACGCGAUCGAGCUCAUCGACCAGAUCUACGAGAACGGCGGCGUGGAUGUGCCAAUCUCGACGGCUUUCGUCGAGGCCCUGGGCGAAACAAACGGCACAGCUGUGUAUGAGGAGGUGCUGGCGGCCAACCCUUCAUUUUCGGCGGACAUUACCCGCCUGGAGAUCUUCGACGCCAUCGCUGAGGAGUGUGCUGCCAACGAGAUUUAUGUCCACCUCGACAAUCACAUGUCAAAGGGCGAGUGGUGCUGCAGCGAGACCGAUGGGAAUGCCUGGUGGGGGGACACAUACUUUUCCAUUGCGAACUGGACACGCGGUAUCGCAUAUAUGGCUGAUCACGGACAAUCAUGGACCGCUCUCACGUCCAUGUCACUCCGCAACGAGCCGCGCGAGCCUCUCGACAACACCACGCUGGACGAUGAUACUUACAACUGGGAGUACUGGUAUACCUACGUGAAGGAGGGCGCAGCAGCCAUCAACGACGCGAAUCCCGACCCCCUCAUCUUCCUCUCGGGCCUGAGUUACGACACGUACCUCACGCCCAUCGUAGAGAAGACGGCCCUAACCCCCGGCACCGGCACCUUCUCCUUCUCCGACUUCCCAGCCGACAAGAUAGUCCUCGAGAUCCACAACUACGAUAACAGCGCUACCGACUGCUCCUCUCUCGAGAGCGCCCUGCUCACCGACGGCUUCGAGGCCAUGGACACGAGUGACUCGGCCUACAACCACUUCCCCGUCGUGCUGACCGAGUGGGGCUUCCUCAUGGACGAAACCACCUGGGAGGAGCCCUACACCCAGUGCCUGGCCGAGUGGCUGCCCACCAACAGCGCCGGCUGGAUGAUCUGGGUCCUCGCCGGCAGCUACUAUAUCCGGAGCGGGACACAGGACUAUGACGAGACCUGGGGGCUCUUGACGCACGACUGGAGCGAGUGGCGCAACCCGACGUAUGUAAAUGAGAGUUUCAUCCCGAUGGUGAGCGCCACGGUCGCAUGA